ACUUCAAGACAUAUAAUGUUCUGAGAAGUUUCAUAAUAAACUUCACACUAUUUACCAUUUUGACAAAAUGUCAAUCAUUUCAGAUUCUUAAAUUUUUUUUCUUUUUCUUUAAUAAUGAAUUGUUAGAAAAUUAAAAAAUUAAAACAGGUAUAAAAUUAUGGCAGUUGUAGGAAUUAACGGAUUUGGAAGAAUAGGGAGAAUGUGUCUUCGCGCUUGCCUCGAAAAAGAUAUUGAUGUAAAAUUAAUCAACGAUCCAUACCUUACAACCGAAUACAUGAUAUAUCUUUUUAAACACGACUCUACUCACGGACCACUUCCUUUACCUCUGGAGUGUGAUAAUGAGUUUAUAGUUAGUGGUGAAACAAGAAUCGCCACGUCGCAAGAAAAGCAACCGUGGAAAAUACCAUGGAAGAAUAAUGGAGUGAUGUACGUAAUAGAAGCUAGUGGAGCAUUCACAUCUCUGGAGAAAGCAAGCUUGCACAUCGAUGGCGGCGCGAAAAGAGUUAUUAUCACUGCACCGUCGAUCGACGCGCCGAUGCUCGUUUUCGGGGUCAAUCACACCUGUUACAACCCCAAGAGAGACGGUGUCGUUUCUGCCACAUCCUGCACUACAAACUGCGCAGCGCCGAUCGUCAGAAUCAUGCACGACAACUUCGAAGUUCUCGAGGCGAUGAUAACCAGCAUACAUGCGGUGACAGCGUGCCAAAAUACCGUGGACGGUCCAAUAGAGAAGUAUCGUCCUACGGCAUUGUGGAGGGACGGUAGAGGCGCUCUCCAAAAUAUCAUUCCGACCGCGACCGGCGCGGCCAAGUCGUUGGCCAAAAUUAUCCCCGAGCUGAAAGGCAAGAUCUCGGCCAUAGCGUUCAGGGUGCCGAUCCCCAACGUUUCGUUAUGCGAUAUGACAUUCAGGGUCAAUAAACCGGCGACGUACGAAGAAGUGAAAGAGGCGAUGAGGGAAGCGGCGGAGGGGCAGCUGAAAGACGUGCUGGGAUACACGGAGGACGACUGCGUGUCGUCGGACUUCAACCACACGACCUAUUCCUGCGUGUUCGACGCCAAGGCGGGCAUUCCGCAGACGAGCACUUUCAUCAAGAUCGUCGCUUGGUAUGAUAACGAAUACGGUUAUGCGUAUCGUGUAGCCGAUUUAAUUCAGUAUAUGUAUAACGCCGAUUCCGAUAAUGUUCCUGUAACUGGACGAGUUCUCGAGCAUGGUGAUGAUUAGAAGCAAAUAAACGUGAAAACUUAAAACUUCAAUUACUUAAAACGCAAUUAUUUAUUUUAAAAUAAAUAAUAUAUAUUUAAUACACGUGAAAUACAUAUAUAUUCAAAUACAUAGUCAACAUACUAAAGUACACGGAUAUAAAAUUAUGAAAAUAAAUUGUAGUAAAGUAAUUAAUUAUAUAUAAAAUAAACAUUAUGAUUAGAUUUUAUUUCGAAAUCUAACACAUAGAUAUUCGAAAAAUCUGGUUAAAAGAGAUUAUAAAAUUAAUUAUUGAAAAAA